CGCUGCCUCCCAGCCCGAGGUGUCCGCACGUCCGGCCGUCCAUCCGUCCGUCCCUCCUGGGGCCGGCGCUGACCAUGCCCAGAGGCUGCCGCUGUCUGCAUCUCGUGUGCCUGUUGUGCAUCCUGGGGGCACCCGUUCAGCCUGCCCGAGCGGAUGACUGCAGCUCCCACUGUGACCUGGCCCACGGCUGCUGUGCGCCGGACGGCUCCUGCAGGUGUGACCCAGGCUGGGAAGGGCUGCACUGUGAGCGCUGUGUAAGAAUGCCUGGCUGCCAGCACGGGACCUGCCACCAGCCCUGGCAGUGCAUCUGUCAUACUGGCUGGGCGGGCAAGUUCUGUGACAAAGAUGAGCACAUCUGUACCACGCAGACCCCCUGUCGGAAUGGAGGCCAGUGCGUCUAUGAUGGCGGCGGCAAGUACCACUGUGUGUGCCCGCCAGGCUUCCACGGGCGUGACUGCGAGCGCAAGGCUGGACCCUGUGAGCAGGCAGGCUCCCCGUGCCGGAAUGGCGGGCAGUGCCAGGACGACCAGGGCUUUGCUCUCAACUUCACCUGCCGCUGUUUGGCGGGCUUCGUGGGUGCCCGCUGUGAGGUCAAUGUCGACGACUGUCUGAUGCGGCCUUGUGCCAAUGGGGCCACCUGCCUGGAUGGCAUAAACCGCUUCUCUUGCCUCUGCCCUGAGGGCUUUGCUGGACGCUUCUGCACCAUCAACCUGGAUGACUGUGCCAGCCGUCCUUGCCAGAGAGGGGCCCGCUGUCGGGACCGUGUCCACGACUUUGACUGUCUCUGCCCCAGUGGCUACGGUGGCAAGACUUGUGAGCUCAUCUUACCGGUCCCAGACGCCGGGCCCACCCCGGCUGUGGUGAUACCUGCCACAGGGCCUGCCCCCCACAGCGUGGGGGCGGGUCUGCUGCGCAUCUCAGUGAAGGAGGUGGUGCGGAGGCAAGAGGCGGGGCUAGGUGCGUCUAGCCUGGUGGCCGUGGUGGUGUUUGGGGCCCUCACUGCCGCCCUGGUCCUGUCCACCAUGUUGCUGACCCUGAGGGCCUGGCGCCGGGGCGUCUGCCCCCCUGGACCCUGUUGCUGCCCUGCCCCACACUAUGCCCCGGCACGCCAGGACCAGGAAUGUCAGGUUAGCAUGCUGCCGGCAGGGCUCCCCCUGUCGCCCGAUCUGCCCCUGGAGCCUGGAAAGACCACAGCACUGUGAUGGAGGUGGGGGCUUUCCGGCCCCCACCUUCACCUCCUCAGCUUCUCGGACUGGAGUAGGCCUUUUUCUGCCGCCCCAUUCCUGGGG